GAUCAAAGUUUAUUCUAAUGAAAUCAAAAUUAUUUAGAUCACUUGAGGAGAGAAAAUGGUUAAGGAGAGUAUUUAUGUGAAUUUUAAGUGUUCUUAAAUUUGGGAGGUUGACCCGACCCUUUUCCAAAGGCAAACCCUAUAUUGGAUCUUAAUUAACCCGAAAAAAAGGAGCCAUUUUUAUGCUUUUCAACUCCCUCGUUCAUCAUCUUCUCCAUUCGUUCGACCUGCGUGAGCAGUACGAGUGAAGCAGUUGAAAUGAUUCAUCAAGAUUUGAAGUUGUAAUGUUAUGUGUCUGUAUCUCAGGGUGAAAACUGUUAUAAAUUUGGCCACCAAUUUUAAUAAGCAGUCGUUACCAUGGGGACCCCAGAGACAUCACGUGAGCCAUGCCCUGACCGCAUCCUCGACGACGUAGGUGGAGCAUUCGGUAUGGGUGCCGUUGGAGGUUCAGCCUUCCACUUCUUGAAAGGAUUGUACAGUUCCCCUAAGGGAGAACGCUUUGUCUUUGCCACCCAAGCGGUCCGAAUGAAUGCUCCACGUGUCGGCGGCAGUUUCGCAGUGUGGGGCGGACUAUUUUCCACCUUUGACUGUACAAUGGUUUACGUCCGAGCGAAGGAGGAUCCAUGGAAUUCCAUCAUUGCCGGUGCCGCGACUGGCGGGUUCCUUUCGAUGCGUCAGGGUCUGGGCCCCGCUUCAAGAUCAGCUUUGUUUGGCGGCGUCUUACUUGCUUUGAUUGAGGGGUUUGGGAUCAUGAUAAACAAAAUGCUGACCGUUCCCCAGAAUCUUCCACCACCCAUGGAGGAACCGCUUCCUCCAAAUAUGUCUGGAUUUCCAAUGGGUCAACUGCCAGGUCAGGCUCCAGUGAGCAUGGAGGGUAUUGGUGGUGAUGGUGGUGGGUCGUCGACAUCUUCUUCUUCGUCAUCUCUAUCAUGGUUUAGAGGGCUGUUUGGCGGCGGUGAGAAUAAGCAAGAUACAAGCUCGGACAAUGGGAGCAAGACAAAGGUUUUGGAGAGUUUUGAUACUCCUAGCCCUCCCACUUUUGAGUAUAAAUAAAUGGCCUCGGGAACUCAAUGUUUUCCUUGGAGUGUCACAAUGGGUACUGGUGGAGACUAUGCUGAUCUAAGUGUCUGAUGAUCUGCAGGAAGAGAGGAAGUUUGAGAGGUGAAUGAGAAUAAUGUCAAUGGCUUUGCUUUGCUGCCAUUUAUAGAUUGUGUACAUACGACUUUGGAUCGUUUUAGACUUGGAGUUCGUCUUGAGUUUUGACAAUCGCGCGCCUCAGGGCGUUUCCCGUUUUGUAUCGGCAUUAAACCUACUUUAAGUACUUUUGAUCUUGUUGUCCUUGGAGCCAGUGGCGUUGUCCAUUUAUGCUAAAUUGGGAGUUAAAAUGCAGAAAGGUUUAUGGUGUU